AUGGCUGCUGAUCGUAUAACUCGACUUGCGGAAGAUCUUUUGGCCACUGGUGCUAUUAAAUAUGCACAAAUCCACCUCGUCCCCGCAUUAUUCGGUGCACUCGCUAUCAACACAAUCUCCAUAUGCCGCAAUGAUCCAAUCCGCCGCGAACUAGCCCAAAAUAAGUCCCGACAGUGCAUGCUUGCGUUGAGUCAACUGGCGUCAUGGCCUGUCAGAACCUGGAUCUUGAAGGCCUUUGUGAAUUUAAUGAAAAGACUAACAGGUCUGAGCUCCGGUGCUGGAGGAUCCAUAAUCAGUGUCACCUCCAAUGUUGUGAAUGAUGGCGGAAACACAGCGGCCUGGGGCGAUAUGGGCUCGGAUUUUCCACAACAUACAACCGACUCUCAGAAUCCAUCUCAGCCCAUGAAUGAACCGCAGAGCCUACAUCUGAGAAGGGAUCAAGGCCCGCAACCGUCUUUCAUUCAUCGGUCGGAGUUUGGGAAUAUUCAUGCCGGUGAUCUUUCGCAAUUGAGUGAUCAGGUCAUGAAUGAUUCGUUCUGGGCUGGAUAUGUUGACAAUAUGUUUGAUAGUGAUUUGCUUCUCCAUGAGAGUACAGGUCCUCUCUUCUCCUUGCCCCCUGAAACCAUUGGGAGAGGGGAGCCCAAUACUUCAGAUAUGUAG